AUGGCAUUGAACACAGGUUUUCCUACCCAUACACACCUGAGCGGAAUGGAUACCAUAACUCCAACCCAGUCCAUGGUUGAUGGUGAGACUUUAGUUUCAUCAGGCCAAAGGUUUGAACUAGGCUUCUUCUCGCCUGAAAACUCCAAGAACAGGUACCUAGGAAUAUGGUACAAGAGUGCCCCACAUACAGUUGUGUGGGUGGCAAACAGAAAUAACCCCAUCACAGAUUCACAUGGAGUUUUAACUAUCAGCAUAAACGGAACACUUGUUCUUCUCAACCAGGAAGGGAGCGUGGUCUGGUAUUCGGGUUUAUCAGGAAUAGCAGAAAAUCCAGUUGCACAGCUCCUAGACUCUGGAAACUUUAUUCUGAGAGAUAGUCUUAGCAAGAGUUCUCAAAGGUAUCUCUGGCAGAGCUUUGAUUACCCAUCUGACACACUGUUAGCUGGCAUGAAGCUAGGCAGGACCUCCAACCCUGAUCUAGAACGAUAUUUGAUAUCAUGGAAAAGCGCUGAUGAACCAUCCAAUGGAGACUUCACUUGGAGAUUAGAUACUCCCAGGCUGCCUCAACUGGUUGUUGCAACGGGAUCAACCAAAAAGUACCGCACUGGGCCAUGGAAUGGAAUUCAAUUUAGUGGUAUUCCGGUGUUUCCCAACGAGCAGCACUAUUCACACAUAAUGAUCUUUGAUAAGGAGAAUGCAUAUUACAUGCUUUCAUUUGACAACUACUCUGCUAAUACGAGAACAACCAUCAAUCACUCAGGCUUCAUCCAAUGGCUUCGAUUGGAUGAACACAAUGCGGAGUGGGUUCCUUUGUACAUAUUACCAUAUGACCCAUGUGACAAUUAUGGAGAGUGUGGUGCUAAUGGCAUUUGCAGGAAUUCCAGAACACCAAUCUGUGAGUGUUUGAAAGGGUUCACCCCCAACUCACAACAAGACUGGGAAAUUUUCGAUUUUUCCAGUGGAUGUGUAAGGGAAGUACCCUUGGAUUGCAUGAGCAAACAUGACUUUAUGAAGGUCUCAGGGGUGAAAUUGCCUGACUUGUUGGAGUUCUGGUUAAACAAAAGUAUGAGCCUCAAGGAAUGUGAGGCAGAGUGCUUGAAGAACUGCUCCUGCGUGGCAUAUGCCAAUUCAAACAUUAAAGGAGGAAGCAGUGGUUGUUUGACCUGGUUUGGAGAUCUGAUUGACAUUACAGGGUUCACAGAUGGGAAAAGUGGGCAAGACAUCUAUAUCAGAUUUCCAGCUGGGGAACUAGAAUCAAUCCAGGGUUCAAAUAAGAAGAAAAGACUGGUGACUGUCCUUGUCGCAUCGAUCGUUUCUGGAAUGCUAAUCUCAGGCUUGGUAUUCUGGUGUAUACAAAGGAAAAGAAGAGGUCUGGAAAGCAAGAUGGAAGACCUGGAGUUACCUUUGUUUGAUUUGGCUACCGUUAAUACUGCUACUAACAACUUCUGUCUCAUAAAUAGAAUUGGCAUAGGCGGCUUUGGUCCUGUGUACAAGGGCAAUUUGUCAACAGGACAAGAAGUAGCAGUGAAGAGAUUGUCAAAGAAUUCGGGCCAGGGUCUUCAAGAGUUUAAGAAUGAGGUUUUUUUGAUUGCCAAACUUCAACACAAGAAUCUCGUCAGGCUUUUAGGAUGCUGCAUUCAGGGACAAGAAAGGAUAUUACUCUAUGAAUAUAUGCCCAACAAAAGCUUAGAUUAUUUUAUUUUUGAUCAAAACAGAAGAGCAUUGUUGUCAUGGCAAAAGCAGUUUGACAUAGUUAUGGGGAUUGUGCGAGGACUUGUUUAUCUCCACCAAGAUUCUAGACUUCAAAUCAUUCAUAGGGAUCUCAAGGCAAGCAAUAUACUGCUAGAUGAAAACCUGAACCCCAAAAUUUCAGACUUUGGCCUGGCAAGAAUUUUUGGAGGAGAUGAAAUGGAAGCAAAAACAAAGAGAGUUAUUGGAACAUACGGGUAUAUGUCCCCAGAGUACGUGAUUGAUGGCACAUUUUCUGUUAUAUCCGAUGUCUUUAGUUUUGGUGUGCUUCUGCUGGAGAUUGUGGCUGGUACAAAGAACAGAGGUUUCUCUCACCCAAACCACCACCAUAAUCUUCUGGGACAUACAUGGCUGCUUUGGAAACAAGACAAUGCCCUGGAAGUAAUGGAUGCAUGUUUGGAGGACUCAUGUAUUGAAUCCCAAGUACUAAGAUGCAUACAAGUCGGUUUAUUAUGUGUUCAAAACCUCCCAGCAGAUAGACCAGCUAUGUCAUCUGUGAUUUUCAUGUUGGGUAAUGAGGGAGCAACACUACCUCAACCUAAACAUCCUGCUUUCUUCACAGAAAUAAGCACGAUUAAUACAGAUGCAACAACAGGAAGUGAAGAUUUACCUUCAGAAAAUUCAGUAACCAUCUUAAUACCAGAAGAAACGUCGAUGGAGACCCAUCUUUUCUUGGCCUUCUUUUGUGCCUGGAUCUGUCUCUCAGUUCCCUUGGAGUUCUGUAUUGCAGCUGAUUCCAUAAGGAUGGACCAAUCCAUAAGCGAUAGUGAGACUUUAGUUUCCUCGGGCCAAAGCUUUGAACUAGGCUUCUUCUCUCCUGGAAGCUCCAAAAACAGGUACUUGGGAAUAUGGUACAAGAAUACACCCCAGACAGCUGUAUGGGUUGCAAACAGAAACAACCCAAUUGCAGAUUCUUACGGAGUUUUAACCAUCAUCAACAAUGGCGCACUUGUUCUGCUCAACCAGUCAAAGAGUGUAAUCUGGUCUCCCAAUUUGUCAAGGGUGCCAGAAAAUCCAGUUGCACAGCUCCUGGAGACUGGAAAUCUUGUUCUCAGGGACGGUAGUAAUGAAACUUCUAAAAGCUAUAUAUGGCAGAGCUUUGAUGAUCCAUCAGACACAAUGCUGCCAGGCAUGAAGGUGGGAUGGAACUUAAAGACUAGUCUACAACGAAAUUUGACAUCAUGGAAAAGUGCUGAUGAUCCAUCUCUUGGAGACUUCUCUUUCGGAUUUGGUAUUAAUGUGAUGCCUUACAUGGUUAUUGGUGUGGGAUCAAGCAAAAAAGUCCGUACCGGCCCAUGGAAUGGACUUGAAUUCAAUGGUGUUCAUGUGAUGGACAACUUGGUUUACAAAGCAUUUUAUGUUUACAACAAUGAUGAGUUAUAUGCCCUCUAUGAGUCUAACAGCAAUGAGAUUAUUUCAAGAGUAACAUUGAAAUAUUCAGGUAUCCUCCAGUGUCUGGUAUUGAAAAAAGGGAGCUCUGAAUGGGCUGAAUUGUACUCAAUUCCCGAUGACCUUUGUGAAAAUUAUGGGCAUUGUGGUGCUAAUGGUAUUUGCAGAAUUAGCAAGCUGCAGAUUUGUGAGUGUUUGACAGGUUUCACACCAAAAUCACAAGAAGAAUGGGACGUGUUUAAUAGAUCUAGUGGAUGCACACGAAGAAUGCCUUUGGAUUGCCCAAGUGAAGAGGGAUUCGUAAAGGUUACAGGGGUGAAAUUGCCCGACUUGAUAGAUUUUCAUGUGAUUAAGAGUGUGAGCCUUAGGGAGUGUGAGGUAUCGUGCUUGAACAACUGUUCUUGUACAGCAUAUGCCUACUCAAAAGCAUAUGCUUACUCAAAUCCUAAUGGAAGCGGUGGCUGUUUGAUGUGGUCUGGGGACCUGAUUGAUAUCAGAGAGUUAACUUCAGAAAAACAUGCAGAGGACAUCUAUAUCCGCAUGCACACUUCAGAGCUAGGGUUAAACACUAAUCAGAAGAAGAAAAAACUAGUGAUCAUCCUUGUUAUAUCUUCCUUUUCUGGAAUCCUCACCUUGGGCUUGGCAAUCUGGUUUCAAUUUUGGAAGAAGAGAAGAAUGGGAACAGACCAGGAAAGCAAGAAGGAGAACUUAGAGUUACCUUUGUUUGACUUGCCCACCAUUGCAACUGCUACUAAUAACUUCUCUAACACCAACAAGAUUGGAGCAGGUGGCUUUGGGUCUGUGUACAAGGGCAAUCUACCAGAAGGAGUAGCAGUUGCAGUGAAGAGAUUGUCCAAGAAUUCAGCACAGGGUGUGCAAGAGUUCAAGAAUGAAGCUGUUUUGAUUGCGAAACUUCAGCACAAGAAUCUUGUCAGGCUUUUGGGCUGCUGCAUUCAAGGAGAAGAAAGAAUAUUACUCUACGAAUAUAUGCCUAACAAAAGCUUGGAUUAUUUUAUUUUCGAUCAAAACAGAAGAGCAUUAUUGGCAUGGGAUAAGCGCUGCAAGAUUGUUAUGGGGAUAGCACGAGGGCUUCUCUACCUCCAUCAAGACUCUAGAUUUCAAAUUAUUCACAGGGAUCUCAAGACGAGCAAUAUUUUACUGGAUGACCAUCUCAACCCUAAAAUUUCAGACUUUGGCCUGGCAAGAAUUUUUGGAGAGAAUGAAAUGGAAACGAGAACAAAGAGAAUUGUUGGGACUUAUGGCUAUAUGUCCCCGGAGUAUGUGAUUGAUGGGCACUUUUCUAUCAAAUUGGAUGUCUUUAGCUUUGGUGUUCUUUUACUAGAGAUUGUGAGUGGUAAAAAGAACAGAGGGUUCUCUCAUCCAGAUCACCACCAUAACCUUUUGGGACAUGCAUGGCUGCUGUGGGAACAAAACAAGGCCUUGGAAUUAAUGGAUGCAUGUUUGGAAGAUUCAUAUGUUGUAUCGCAAGUAUUACGAUGCAUACAAGUAGGUUUGCUAUGUGUUCAGAACCUUCCAGCAGACAGACCAGCAAUGUCAUCAGUGGUUUUCAUGUUGGGUAAUGAGGGAGCAAUAUUGCCUCAACCUAAACAUCCUGGUUUCUUCACAGAAAGAUCUUCCGUGGAUACAGAUACAAUGUCAGCAAAGAUAGAGUUACAUUCAGAAAAUGCAGUAACCAUCUCAAUGCUAAAAGGUAGAUAAAGAAUUCAAGCAUCUGCUUAGUGAAUUAUUUAUGCAGGUGCCAGCUUCUCUGACUAAAACGGGCUGCAAAGGUUCCUCUGUUGCGGCUCAGGGCACUGUAAUCUGCAACUUAAGACUCACUAGUAGAAUUUCUAAAUUCAGAUUCCCUCUGGAUCAGGUUGGUAAUAAGCAGAAGAACAUGUAUUCUACAGUCACCUUAUGUGCUACUGUCUUUUUUUUUUUUUUUUUUUUUUUUCUCCUCAGGGUGCAUAGGACUUAUAAUUUGGUUCCAACCAUUUGCUUUCAAUUA